AUGUUCGCAGGCCACGGUUACAAGCUAGACCUAGAGGAUGUGCCUGAUCUCACCGUGACUCCAUCAGAGGGUAGGCGUAGUGUUGUGCUGGACCUGGCUCAGAAGCCCGAGCCAGGCCAGGCCAAGCCCGGAGAGGCCAGGCCAAACCAGGCCAAAGCCCUGUGCAAGCCCUCCGGUAGGGCCUGGCUUUGCUGGGAGGAAGCACGAGCCAGGCCAGCAAGCCCGGGGCUUGUGCGCAUUCAAAUUCUCGGCUACUAUCCCUCUAGCUACUUACUUCAAUACAGACCUCUUCUAACGACCCCCGCACUCGAUGCACAGCCCAUAAUCAGCCGCCGUGCAUCAGGGAUAUUCGGUGCUCCCCACAUGCUCGAGUCCGCAUUUGCACACGGAAGCUCUGUCAAAUGCGUAGUCGUCACGUCGUCCGCGGCAUCUGCCUUGGGCUUCGGUACUACGCUGCACGUCUUCACGGAGGAACAUUGGAACGAGCAGGCGAUCAAGGACGCUAACGCGAACGACGGAAAUGUCAGACAGGACAGUGAGUAUUGCGCGAGCAAGACCCUUGCCGAGCACGCCCCGUGGGAGUCUAUGGAGAAGAACAAGGACAAGCUCGGAUGGGAUCCUCUUUAA